UUGUCUGCUGAUCAGAAGAAAGAAUGGAGAGAUGGGUACGCUAAAAAUGAGUUCAAUCAAUAUGUCAGCGAUAAGAUAUCAUUCCAUCGGUCUCUCAUUGAUGCCAGGAAUGAAGAAUGCAAGAGAAAGGUAUAUGACCUUGACAAAUUACCAAAAGCCGACAUUGUUAUCAUAUUUUACAACGAAGCCUGGUCGACACUUCUGAGGACAGUGCACAGUAUCUUGGAUAGGACGCCCCCAGUGCUGCUCAAUCAAAUUAUCUUAGUUAAUGACUUUUCUAAAUAUAAUUACUUAUACGAGCCAUUGAGGCGUUACUUCAAGAAGAUGAAAAAAGUUCUCAUUGUGAAUAGCAAGAAACGCAUCGGUCUCAUAAAAGCUCGCCUGCUCGGAACGAAACACUGCACAGCAGAUGUCAUCAUAUUUCUUGAUUCGCACUGUGAAUGUACUAAAGGAUGGAUAGAGCCUUUACUGUACCACCUGUCGAAGAACAAGAAAGCCGUAGUCGCCCCAGAAAUUGACGUCAUCGAUUUGAACAACUUCGAAUACCAGUACCACCAGGUUGAUGACAUUCAGGUCGGCGGGUUCACGUGGAACCUUGAAUUUGAUUGGCACUACCUACCAGCCAAUCAGAAGCGGGAGGUCAAAUCUAGUCUCGAUAUGAUUAGGACACCGACGAUAGCAGGGGGGUUGUUUGCAGUGAACAGGGAGUACUUCCGGCACAUCGGCCUCUACGACCAGGGCAUGGACAUAUGGGGAGGAGAAAAUUUAGAAAUUUCUUUCCGGGUGUGGAUGUGCGGAGGCAGUCUAGAACAGUCCCAGUGUUCCAGGGUGGGGCACGUAUUUCGGGAAAACUCCCCUUACGGUUCGGAGACAGCCGGGUCCGUGGUCACGAGAAAUUUACUUAGGAUGGCGAUGGUCUGGAUGGAUGAGUAUAAGGAGAUUUAUCUGGAGGCUCACCCUAGUGAAAGAUCGAUGGACAUAGGCAACAUAACGGAUAGAUUGGAGUUGAGGAAGAGAUUGAAGUGCAAAUCAUUCAAAUGGUACCUCACCAAUGUUUAUCCUGAAUUGUUUGUACCGACAGAGGCUCUAAAACGAGGAUAUGUAAGUGACGUGUGCAAGAAAAGGAAUAAAAAUAAGAAGAAUUUCCUGAAAAUUUGGCCUUGCCAUUACCAUGGUGGAAACCAGAUUUUUUACUUGAGUAAGACCGGUGAGAUCAGACGCAAUGUAAAGUGCCUGGAUAGUUCCAACACGGAGGAGCUGCUUUUCAUCAAGUGUCACUCCAUGAGGGGCAACCAAUUUUGGGAGUACAAAAAUGUGAGUUGUGGUGACAGUGCGGCUGGCGACGUGUGUCGUCGGCUGAUUGUGGUGAUGAUGUUGACGAUGAUGAUGAUGAUGACGAUGAUGAUGAUGAUGACGACAAUCAUGAUGAUGAUUGACCCAUACCUAUUUGAUAUACUGCCCUGUCAAUCAAUCGUUUAA